AGGGACACACUAUGGUGAGGUCAGUCCACGUUACACGUUACAGCUUAUUUGUGAUGGCAAAUUGCUUUGUCACUUGAGUGGCUAGUCUUUUAUAUGUCACAGUGAUGAGUCAUGAUCAUCUUGUAUAAUAACUUCGAUGUGUACAGUUGUUGAUUGAUCAGGAAAUGAACACGACAGCAAGUUGUGAACGGUUUCGUCGUAAUCAACAGUUGGCAAGACAUUACAAUAACAUCAUGAAAGUCAAGACUGAUGUUUAUGAGUUCGCUGUAUUGGAUGUAUUUAUAUCCUAUCUGUGUUAGUAUGUGAGAUGUACCCAUUCCAGUGACCAGUAUGUCGGGCGAGAACCCUGGGGGUCGGAAUUCGACGCAGGAGAACUCACCAGUGGUGGUGCGGAAGAAAGCCUCGACUGCGGAGGACAAGCGUAAACAUUUCCGGCACAGUGACAGCGACAGUGACUCGGACAAUAGUGACGAUGAACUAUCACUGGCCAACUCCCAGAUGGAAACAAGUUCCAAAAAGGACCUGGAAAAAACACAGUCCUCAAACAAAUCAACACCUGCCAAAGGUCGCAAGCGUCGUAAACAACGGCACGACUGGGAGAUCGUGGAGGGAUUACGUGACGGCCACAGGUGUGAAGAAAAACCAGAAAAGUACCAGGGAUACAUGCUGAAGCGUCGACGAUGGCCAAUGAAGGGCUGGCACAAGCGAUUUUUUAACCUUGACAAGGGAUUCCUUCUAUACUCCAAGUCGCCGUUAGAUAGUUGGGAAUUAGCCAGAAGUGUGUCUGCGAUGCAAAAGUGUAAAUACCAUGGAGUGAUAGAUGUCGGCCUUUCUGUUGUGGCAUUUAAAAAACACCAACACAGGAUCUACAUAGACGCAGAGGACAUAGUUUAUCAUAUAAAGAUCAAGGAUAGUCGCUUGUUUGAUGAAUGGCUGAAAAGAAUAAGCCACCAUAGGUUAUACCGUCAACAUGAGCUGGCCUAUGGAACCAAGGACUCCCCAAGGCUUACAGAAAUUACCUCCCCUACAGAGGAGAUGCCUCCCCUUACUUCAUCUUUGAAUUAUCCCUCGAAAUCUCGUGAUCAAAAACUCAGUUCUGAGGUUAUCCGCCAAUCCAGCUUUAAAGGACGGGAAUCAUCACAGAGUCGGGUGGCUACGUGGCUUCUAGACACGGCAGGCUUCGAGCACUGUAAUAAAGAACUACACGACACCAGAAAAAUCCUGAAUGAUUUGAGGGAAGAUCUGGAACAGAUUAGAAACCUGCCCAUGUCUGUGGAUUCCAAUGCAGUUCUAGAGGUAGCAGAAUUAGAAUCGUCAGAUGCUAGAAAGAAGCUGAAGGGUCUAGCCCUCCGAUCAAGUAGAAAAAAGGAGAAGAAGGCCGAAGUGUUAAACAAUCAUCACGAAAAUAAUGAGAGCAGUAAUACUCUCCAGAUCAACGCUGAAAAUAUCCGGACCAGUUCUUCUAAUCCAAACCUUUUGCAGUAUGAGACGGAAAGGUCACGACCCCGUAGCGUACCUGACUACCAGACCGUAUCAAAUCAUGAACAACGUAUCAAAGAGCUUAAACUACGUGAAGAUUUUGUUAUUAAGUCAGACGCCGUAUAUUCCUCCCUGAUGUCUCUCUUCCAUAUAAUGGGCACGGAGAGAGAUCGACUCAAGAGUGCAAUAGACAUAGACAAUGGCAUGAUGAAUGCGGGAUCGGCGAACACGUUGCUCCUCAGACAAAAUCUCUCUGAGGCUCACCGUACAAUAGCCGAGUUAAAGGCUCGACUGACAAGGAUCAACAUUGAGUCAUCUAUAGAAGAAACGAAAAUGACAACAACACCCGCAUCCCCUGUCCUGUCGCCAACGGAACGGGAGCCUCGAAGUCAUUGUUUAUCACAGUCCCUUUCCGCUGAGAGCUGCUCCAUCUCCGAGUACUAUGAUGCCGAGGAAUACAAAGAGAGCGGCAGUGAAUCUUCCACAGAGCCAUCAGAUGACGAGGAGAUUUCCAGUGAAAUAUCAGAAGAAAAUGACACUGACUACAACGCUGCUAUCAGUGUGUCUGAAGACCAGUUAUCACAGACAUUCCAGACUGGCCAUCGAUCCAAACUUCCCGUCCCAAAACCAGACUCUGGAGAUGUGAGCCUAUGGAAUCUUCUGUAUAAAAACCUGGGCAAGGAUCUCACCAAGAUCUCCAUGCCUGUCACCCUUAACGAGCCACUCAGUAUGCUUCAGAGACUUUGUGAAGAGAUGGAGUACUCCGAAUUGGUGGACAAGGCAGUGGAAAUCAAUGACCCUUAUGAGCGUAUGUUGUACAUUGCUGCCUUCACGGUAAGCAGCUAUGCCAGUUCUGGGUACCGGGCAGGACACAAGCCAUUUAACCCUCUCCUCGGCGAGACUUAUGAAUGUAUCCGAGAGGACAAAGGCUGGAAGUUUAUGGCAGAACAGGUGAGUCAUCAUCCUCCAAUAUCUGCCUGUUACUGCGAAUCGAAAAACUUCACAUUCUGGCAAGAUGUAAGAAUCAAAACAAAGUUCUGGGGCAAAUCCAUGGAAAUCCAGCCUCUCGGAAUCGUGAAUCUCUUCCUGCCAAAAUUCAAAGACCACUAUAAAUGGAACAAAGUAACGACCUGCGUCCACAACCUUCUAGGUGGGCAGCGCUGGGUGGACCAGUAUGGAGAGAUGAAGAUACGCAAUGGGGACAUCGUCUGUAAACUAACCUUCACAAAGGCUAACCACUGGUCAGGUAAACGUCAUGAGGUUUACGGACAGAUUCUGGAUCCAGAGGGCCAUGUCGUUCAUAACUUGUUUGGCAAGUGGAACGAAGCAUUGUACUGUGGACAUGCCCCCUCUACCAGAUGUAUAUGGCGACCAGGUGCAAUGCCUGAAGACUUUGAACUCUACUAUGGCUUCACCCGGUUCGCUAUUGAGCUUAAUGAGCCAGAGUCCGAACAGGAAAAGGUGCUGCCACCUACAGACUCACGAUUCCGCCCUGAUCAAAGAUUAUUAGAAGAAGGCAGAGUAGCAGAUGCCGAAAAAGAAAAGUCGAGAGUGGAGCAACUGCAACGAGAAAAACGGAAAAAGCAAAAUGGAUCCAAAUCAGAACCUCAGUCAAAGUGGUUCAGAAAGUACACCGUAUCAGGGAAGGAUCAUUACGAGUACACAGGAAAGUACUGGGAGAUGAGGAGGGACCCAGGUUUCUCUAAACUAACAUUUCCACAGAUGUGGUAAAGCCACAACACACUCUUCCUGUGGCCUCUAAAUGUGGACAGUUUCUACAUACAACAAAUAUUUAUUUGGUAGGCGAAUGAAAAGAAAAUUGUAAUAUAUAUGUGUGUAUGUUUUAUUUUUAUUUUUGCACACGUACCAAUCAACUUUUCAAUCUUGAUUUUCUUCCAGUUAUCGUAUUACAAGAUUUUGAAUACCUUGACUUUAUUUUUGGAGGUAAAAAUCAAGGCAUCAAAUGAUCCUCAGGAUUUGUUUUAAAAUUUUAAUAAGUCUUAGAUUUCUUCCAUCAACAAUCAAUUCUAAAUGUUCAUUUUGCAAUGGUUUUAGAGUCCUAUGUUCCAGAUUAUUUAAAUAUGUAGUUGUUUGCAUGAUGACUUUUAUGUGUUUUAUCUGAAAUGUUGUUUUCAAUACGGUAGCCACUUGUUACCUCUGUGCCUGUCAAACAUACAAAUGAACCAGAUCAUUUUGCCUUACAAUUUCAAACAUAUGAAUGAUUCAGAAGAAAAAAAAUGGAGGUAAAAUAGUGAGGUUAUCUCCUGAAAUAUCUGUUUAUAAACUGUAAUUUAUAAUUUUAUUAUGAGAGAGAAGGAAAAGUAAAUAAACUAAUUACUCAGAAUAAUAUCUGGAAGAUUUGGUCACAUCUGCCCUUCUGUCAUUUUGGAUUCAAAAUCAUAUGUUUGUGUACAUUUAAAAUCAAGCCCAGUGAACUCAACAACUCUCGUUGUUGUAAGUAACAUUUCUUUUGAUGUAUUUAUAUUAAAGUCAAUGUUGCUGGAGAUUUAGAAAUACAGUUUGCUAUGAAUCAUACAUUGUACAGUAUAUCCGUAAUGCUGUGAAGAAAUAGAUGUAAUUUUCAAGUGAAAAUCCGAAAACGUAUUCAAACUUACAGAUAUUUGGUUAACUGUAGGUUUUCUUAAUAUUGUAUCAUUGGAAAGAACGCUUUUUACGUCAUGUUUUAUUUCAAGAAAAAAACACAAUAUAGUAUUGUUUGGUCAACUAACAUUGGUCUGUUCCUGCAAGAUUAAACAUGUAGAACUUCAUUUCUUGGUUAUUCAUUACAUUUAUAUGAUAUUAAAAAUAUCCAAAUUGGUUGGUAUGCAUAACAAAAUUUGUUGUGUAUUCAAGUUUGCUUAAGACAUAUUAAUAUGAAGAUACUUUCACAUUAUCAUAUCAUUUUACCAAAACAAUGCAAACUGCAAUAUUUUUGUCUGCCAAAUUUUUGCCCUCAGGCACUGGCCCUUUUGAAAUGUAUUUGGCCUGUUUUGAAUUCACUUCUGUAUAUUGGCUGGGAAGUAUCAUGGUACUUCACAGUCAUAGACAUCAGUCCUUGUUCAUUUCCCUACCUAAAGUUCUGUUGAAGAAAAAAUGUGUUUUUGUAAGUGGGGUACUUCCUUUUAUUUUAGUUUUAUUUGAGGAAAAUGUUUUCAAAGUUAAAGUUAUAUAAAUACAGCAUUACAUGUAAUUAGCAUUUAACUUUAUUGACGAAAAGCCUUUAAAAGUAGAUUGCAUUUCUAUUUCCGAAGAAAGGAGAACAACAAAAUAGCAGACUUGAUCUAUGCACACUUGGAUUAGAAUAAGUUUGAUAGGGUCAAAAUCAAAAGUCAUUUUAUAACUGCCUGCGUAUAUACUGACAAAGCGUAUUGUUGUAGUAAAAUAAAUAAACAAUUCUGUCCCGCUUAAAAAAAGGUUGUCUCAAAUAAAUGUAUGAACAUGUUAUGUGUAUGUAAUUCUGAAGAUGAGAAUCUCAAUAUUUUGAUCAGGACAGUCAAUGAUAAUAAACCAAUGCAAGGUAUGAAGUCCGUCUCCAUAACAAUAGUACAUUUAACAGAUUUGAAUGGUCACGUCUGAAAAUGUUCCUUUGUAAAGCAUGAAUUUUGGAAUAUAAGCCCUGUUUUCAUUAUUUACAUAGGACUGGACACUGGGGUGGGCUUAUCUCCGCUAAAAUAAACAUGACAGAAUGACCAUCACAUUGAUAAGCGUGUAUAAUAAAAACAAUAUACCAUGGGGACAGAAAUGUGUAGUAUAUAUUUCUAUAUUUAUGUAUGCACCAUAUAAAAAGUUACUGAAAUAUCACAUUUCUUUUACUGUUUAAUGUGUACACUUCCAUUGAUAAAGGAAAUUUUCAGAUAUAAAUAGUAUAUUACAUUUUAAAAAAAAUAUGUAGUAAUUCUAAAUAAUAAUGUUGCACUCGUAGGUAUUUUCUUGCAACUUUUACUCUGUAUUUCUAUUUCUUCCUAUAGUGAGUCUACAUUGUAUGUAGACUUUCCUUGUGAUACGCGAUUCCAACGAAAGAAAUUGAAUGUUAUUUAAGUGUAAGGGAGAUAACUGAAAUAUAUCACCUUAUGUCUGUUUGUAAGCCAACACGCAAGUGCUAUAAUGAUAUACUGUGAAAUCAUAAAUUUUCGUGGGACAUUAAAUUUCGUUUAUUUCGUGGAUAAAAAAAAAUCACGAAUUUAAAUCCCCACGAAAAAAUAAAUUUGGUAUGAUAUAGAUAGGUGAAAAUCAGAAAACAUCGAAAUAUAAUGUCAUUGAAACAGGCUAGUAUAUGAAAACCACGAAAAUUUAACCCCAUGAAAAUUAAUGAUUUUACAAUAAAUAGAAUAAUAAUCCUCUGUAGAAUAGGACUAUUGCAGUGUGGUAUUGUACUCAUAGAGAUGAUUUCUGUCUUAGACAGUUAUGUAGUAUGUAAUCAUUUUUCCCUAAUGAUUCCUAUAAUCUUAUUAGCUUCAAUUUAAACAUGUAAUAAUUUGUCCCCAAUGAUUCCCAUAUUCUUAUAUUAGCUUCAAUAUGAUUCACAAAUUGGAAAUAAACCUGCAUUCUGUGUCAAAACAUUCUAUAACCACAACAUUUUAAUCAAUAUUGACAUCACUGCUGUGUGUCAGUUGUGUGUGUACAAUUUUAAUUCUGUUUAGCGGACCGACACAAGUUGCCUUCGAAGCAGGUAGUUGAACUCCCACCUACCCGUAUAACAGGGAUACAAUGUUUUAUGAGCACUAGCCACUCGUUCUCUUCACUUAAUGCAUAUCCAUGAAUACUGUUAAACAUUCAAGAAGUUUUUUCCCAUUGGUGUUUGACUUUUUGUCCUUGAAAGAAGAGGGUAGAACAUUUUGAUAAUUUCCAAAUAUCCUGACUGUUAUUAUAAUGUUCAUGGAAGAUCAAUUGCAGAAAGAUUUCAAAGCUAAUUAGCAAAUUUGUGUAUUCAAAUAUUCCUAUUUAUGUAAAACUGAACUUUCAUAAAAAUGCUGAAGACAUCAAUUACAUAUAUCUGGUUUAUAUCUAUACUUUUACAUAUAUUAAUUACCAUUUAGGUGAUAGUCAGUAUGUACCUUUAAGUUAAGAAUGGAGAAAAACCUAGUCAAUACUUUAUGUGACAAUUGAUAACGUUUUUUCUGGUAAAUACAAAGCAAAUGUUACAUCUAUCAUAGUGUCUGUGACAUUCAAAGAACUUAUGAAUUCAUUUUGAAAUUGCCAGUAAGAAAGUUACUUUGUUAUAUAAACACACAAAAUAUAUGUCUCAUAGAAACUAAAGUGAAUGUCAUGUCUCAGCUACAUCAACUAACUUACUUGUUUAACGUAUUUAUUAGGCAAUAAGCCCAUAUCUCAGGUAAUAAGCGCAACCAUGUCCUAUUCAGUUCCGCGGUGGCCUAAUGGUUAAGGCAUCUAACAUUCUGCUACCACUGGGUCGCGGGUUCGAGACCUACGUGGGGCAGUCGCCAGGUAUUUCCCCAUGGGGUUUUCCCCGGGAAUUCCGGCUUUCUCCACCUAAAACCUGGCAUGUGCUUAAAUGACCAAAGCUGAUAAUAGGACUUAAAACACAACAAACCAAACCAAACAAAUCAAACAGUAGAAGUGCUAUUUUAUUGUCCAGUAAGCCCAUUUCCCUACUUUUAGUCAGAGAUUAUUUGCAGGCCCCCUUAGGGCUUAUUGCAGGGUAAAUAAGGUGUCUUCUGAGUUUCAUUUCAACAGUGAAAAAAGUAGCUCUAACACUCUCUUUCCAGUUAUGAAAUAUCAAUGGAAAAAUCAGCAGGGUCCGUCUUUAUGAACUACAAGUGUUGUAUUCAAUGACAACAAUUCUAAUGUGUGGUUAAUAUAAGAUGCUUUUGUCAGCAUGAUCCGUCAAGGGAGACUACUAUAUAUAUAUAUGUACAUAAUUUUUUUAAAUACACACUGAAAUGAAGUGUUUGUUAUAAAAUUAGUUUAUCAAAUUGUCACAAAUAUAAUGUAUAUAUAUAUAUAUGCAAAUGACCUACAGCUGUGGUAUUGUUAUAUAAUCUUUUAUUGUUAUUUGAGUAAUGCAUUAUACAGAUUUGUAUUCCAAAUUUCAGUUGUAUCACAUUCCAUUAGCUUGAUAGUACAACAAAUCCAAUUAUUCCCCCUAACCAUGCAUUUCACCCCUAGGUUACUUGGGUAGACUCUAGAUGAGUCCAUGAUGGUUUACAGUUGUGAAAGGGUUAAAUAUGUCAAAAAAUGUUUGUGUUUAUUAUCUUGGGUUUUCAUUGCGAAUCUAUAAUCCUCACAACGAAGUUAGGGAGGAACAGAGCGGACUGGAUUAAGGUUGUCUGUUCCUCUGUGUCCAGACUACUUGUCCUGAAGUAGAUUUCAUUGAAACAGUUGAAUGAUUGAUUUUUCAUUUCAAUACUUUCUACAGAGAUAGGUAUGCUUCUUUUUCGGAAAGAAAAAAAGAUGAAAGAAACAUGUCGGUACUUCAUAUCCUGAUGUUCUGCCUAAUUUCGAUACACUUACAAGUUGUUAGCUAUCCUACAUUAUCUCUCAUUGCACUGGUUUUAGUUCAUCUGUUACAAAAAGAGUCGUGGUGUGUAUUUGUUAACCUACGACUUACCAGUCAAGAUUGUUUCUGUUUCUGUAAGGGGGCUGCGGUGGCCAAGUGGAUAAGGCGUCUGACAUUCUCGUACCACUAGCCCUCCAACACUUGGUCGCGGGUUCGAGAUCUACGUUGGGCAGUCGCCAGGUACUGGUCGCCAUGCAGGUACUGGCCGUCGGUCGGUGGUUUUUCUCCUGGAACUCCAGCUUAAAACCUCCACCACCAAAACCUGGCACCUCCUUCAAUAACCAUAGCUAUUAAUAGGAGGUAUUAAAACUGUUUCUGUAAUUACGAUACUUCCGCUAAUUCAAGUUUUACUCCAUUGUAUUAUUUAGCUAAAGAAAUGUGACACAUCUGAAUUGACGCCCUGUGUUAUUUUUCUUUGUUCUAUUGAAUCUAUAUGUGUUACUUGUUUUAAAUCUUUUCUAUUAUUGCUGUGUGCUACCUUUCUAAAGGGAGAUAAUUCUCUUUUAUACACUUCUCUGCGAUAUGUCAUUUAGAUUUCAAGAUAUUAUUUUGACAAAAGACACAUUCAUUUUGUAGUCUGUUGGAGAAAAUAUUUUCAUUUUUUUUCAUGUCCAAAUUAUAUGAUAAAGAGAAGAAAGAUAUUAUUUUCUUCGUCUAGCUUCAACGAGGUAGAAGUUUUACCGUAAUAAAUAUAUGUGUUUAUAUGUAAUAUUUGGGCUUUCACAUAUUGCUGUCAUUGAUGUGUUAUACUUGUAUGCUAUUUAACCCUUUCACCCCUAUGCUACUUGAGUAGACUCUACCAUGCAUUGAUGUGGAUGUGUCUAUUAUGGUCUACAGUGGUGAAAGGGUUAAGAAACAUUUCCCAAUUUAUGCAUUUUGUAUGUAACAAAUAGCCUGUUAGUUGUUGGUGUAAUACCGCCCUAUUGUGACCAGUAACCAGCCUGUUAUUUUGGUACUAUUUGAAUUCACACAAAAAAGAAAUUGAAAAGAAAAACUUUUUCUAAAUGGAAAUUGAAAUUUGUAUGGUGAUUAUAACAAAUUGGAUCCAAACUUUAAACUAGACUGUGUCCAAAUGUGAUACAACUUUACAAUAAUUGUACUACGUACAUACUAUACCUAUGGAGUUACACAACUUCACAACUAUUGUUCCUGUUGUCGAUUGUUAGUAGGGGUAAUCAUAGCAACCAUGUCUGAUCUAGCGAAGAAAGUAUAUGAUUGAAUUUUAGAAAUUGGACUGAAAUAACAUAUGUGAUGUUAGGAUGUACAUAAAAUAUCUGUAUAUAUGUUUUUAGAAAAAAAAUCAGCAAUAGCUUGCAUUUAUAGCUGAAUGACCCCUACAAUGGCAAUAUAUACCCUUCAUUUUGUUUCAUAUCAAACUUUAACUAAAUAUACAUCUUAUACAGCUUGAAUUUUUAAACAUGAUAAUGUGACAUUUUCAGAUCAAAAAGAUUGUUGAUCUCGUUACCGAGCAUUUUGUUAGUCCACAUAUCAUUUAACUGUGAUUUAUAAAGACAUUCAGUACUUGAUUGAAUAUUACACUAGCUUAGGGACCAGAGGUCAGAGGUACACUAGCUUAGGGACCAGAGGUCAGAUGGUUUUUAUCAUGUUAAAAUUUGAUAUAAUGCAUUUCAACUAAGCAUUUAGAAUUUGAAUUGAAAUUAAUUGUUAAACAAUAUUACACAAAGACAUUGAAAUGUAAUUUAAUAUAUAUUUAAAUGCUGGCCUCACUUUGACAUUAAUGAAUUCAUAUCUCAACUUAUACAAAGCAAAUACGCCUUAGUUUAUAAUGUUUUAUAUAUACAUUUAUAUAUACAGUGUAUAAAUAAAACAAAACACGAAGACUAGUAUUUCUACGUCUUCGUCCCGUAUCACAUGUAUUAAAUAGCGAUAAACAGUUUUAAAUUUAUAAAUUUUAAACUAUUUAUCGCUUUAUAUAUAGACAUAUACAUUUUAAAAAAGAAACUGAGGAAGGUAUACUAAAUUAUGAAAUUGUAACGGAUACCGGUCGCACUGAAAGGCCGUUAUUUCCUAUAUACAGUAGCCUCCCUUUUACUUCCGUUAGGAUAUAACUGUAGCACAUGUGGGCCAGGACUGUUACGUUGACCAGGUAGCACAUUCAGUUAGAGCGUUAGCAGAACAAUCUAAAGACAAGUGUUUGAAUCCCAUUCAGAACUCUCUUCUUAAUUAUUAUAUUUAGUUUAUUUCAUCUUCAUUUGUUUUUUACAAAAGUCCCCGAAGGUAUGGGUUUUUUUUCGGAAAUAGUUUAUCACAGCUAUAGUCAUACCAGAAAAAAGGGUCCAAUACUUAGGUUACAUUGGCAUAUCCCAGUUGAAACGGUACAGAAAUAUUUCGUGUUAAAGGAACGCACUUUGACCGUUCUAUAAUGCACAGUUUCGGAGAAUAAAUAACAAUGUAUCAAGAGCGUUAUGUCCUUCAUUCCACUGAAUUACAUAACCUAUUGUUUUAGAAAGAAAUAACGCAAACUGGCAAUAGUCAGCAUUUUAGUUUCAGCCAAGUAGUCUCCACACCUCGAUCUACACAUGCCGAAUAUUCCUGAGGUCAGCCUCCGUUCAGAUCUACGCCUGUCGUUUUCUUAACAGGUUGAACGGGAUGCGCCAAAGGGGCCUUAGUUACGUUUUUUGGCAGUGGUACGGGGAACGUUAAAACAAAGCCGGAGAAGUUUAGAAUCCCAUAUGUUAGAUAUACACGUAUUACCAUAUCAGUUAAGUUUGAUUUAGUUAUACUGGUCACUGCAAUAUGGCAACACGUCCGUGUUAGCUAUACUAUGACGUCAUAAAGCAUGACUGAGAGUGACUUUAUGUUACCAGUUUUUAACAGAAUUUUAUAGCAAUCUUUUAACAAAUGUGUAUUUAUCUUUUAUAAUUUCCACUGACACCAAACCUCUACUUGUAAUCAAACCUGCUGUUAAUUGACUUAACUACCUGAGUCUAGUUUUUCAAAGCUCUGCUUAGAUUAUUGAAAAUUAAUUCGAAACAUAUAAUGUUUUCAAAAAUAUUUGAAGUUACAAAACUGCAUGAAUUUAUAAAUGCAACGGAAACAUCAGAAGAUAACUGAAAAACGUUUUGAAUUCAGAUAUUUUUUUUGACAAAAUUUUAUCUUACUAUUUGGGUUGCAUUGUUGAAUAAGUGGAAAUUGUGUCAAAUUUCUUUAAACUGGUCAAAUAUGAACUGAAAUACAUGUAUUCAAAAUGUUUUCAACCAAAUAAAUCUUGCAGUAUAUUCGUCAGAUAGUAAACAUAACGUUCGGUUCAUCUGAAAUAUUCUAUUUUGUUAUUUUUUGCAUUUUUAAUAACUCAAAAUAUAUGCAAUAAAGAAAGAUGUAGUUUACUAAGUAUUCUUUUCCUUUCCAAGUUAGAGGUUUGAAAGUAAUUUGAGGAGUAUUUGACAUGUUUCCUGUAUUCCGUCUUUGCGUAUUGCAGAGUUAUCUUCUCUUGGGAGCAGGUAUUGAUUGUUACAUCAUUGGUUUGA